GCUGCGCGGCCGCGGGGCGGCGGGCAGAGGCGCGGCGGGCGCCGCGGGAACCAUGACAGAAGAUGACCGAGGCGGCGCUGGUGGAGGGCCAGGUCAAGCUGCGGGACGGCAAGAAGUGGAAGACUAGGUGGCUGGUGCUGCGCAAGCCGUCCCCGGUGGCAGACUGCCUGCUGAUGCUGGCCUACAGGGACAAGGCGGAGCGAGCCAAGGGCCUCCGGGAGCGCAGCAGCCUGACGCUGGAGGACAUCUGUGGUCUGGAGCCCGGCCUGCCCUACGAGGGCCUGGCCCACACGCUGGCCAUCAUCUGCCUGUCCCAGGCCGUCAUGCUGGGCUUCGAGAGCCGCGAGGCCAUGUGCGCCUGGGACGCCCGGAUCCGCUAUGCGCUCGGCGAGGUGCACAGGUUCCACGUGACGGUGGCGCCAGGCACCAAGCUGGAGAGCGGCCCCGCCACCCUUCACCUCUGCAAUGACAUCCUUGUGGUGGCCAGGGACGUCCCCCCGGCUGUCAUGGGGCAGUGGAAGCUGUCCGACCUCCGGCGCUAUGGGGCCGUCCCCAACGGAUUCAUCUUUGAAGGAGGGACCAGGUGUGGGUACUGGGCCGGAGUCUUCUUCCUGUCCUCAGCCGAGGGAGAGCAGAUCAGCUUCCUGUUCGACUGCAUCGUCCGGGGCAUCUCCCCAACCAAGGGGCCCUUCGGGCUGCGGCCGGUUCUCCCAGACCCGAGCCCCGGGGGACCUGCCACCGUGGAGGAGCGGGUGGCCCAGGAGGCCCUGGAAGCCCUGAAGCUGGAGAAGCGGCUCAGCCUCCUCGCCCACGCGGUCCGGCCCGGCAGCGGAGGGGAUGACCGCAGCCUGUCCAGCUCGUCCUCGGAGGCCAGCCACUCGGACAUCAGCGCCGGCAGCCGGCUCACUGCGUGGCCAGAGCCGCCCUUGUCCUCGGCCGGCACGUCGCAGGAGGGCCCGGGGCUGGCGGCUGCCCAGGCCUCUGGGGAGGCGGCGCCGGGCACCUCGAGGCCGCUCCCCAAGCCGCUGCGGCCGCGGCAGCUGCAGGAGGUCGGCCGCCAGGGCUCGUCGGACAGCGGCAUCGCCACGGGCAGCCACUCCUCCUACUCGGGCAGCUUCUCGUCCUGUGCCGGCAGCAGCCUGGACGUGUGGCACGCAGGGGACGAGUUUGGCUCCCUGCUCAGCCUGCCGCCGGCGGCCGGGGUGCCCGAGCCCAGCCUGUGCACCUGCCCACCGGGGACAGCGGAGUACCAAGUGCCCACGGCCCUGCGGCACCAUUAUGACACACCGCGCAGCCUGCGCCAGGCCCCCAGGGACCAGACCCCGGCCGCGCAGGGUGGCCCUGACGACGGUGGGGCCGGGGACUCGGGUGGCCAGAUGUCCGUGGGGUGUCCCUCCGUCUGGCUGGGCGCGAGGCGGCGGGGACAGGCGACGGAGGCUCCGGGCUGCGAGGCCCCUGGCGAGGGCUGGGAAGCAGGCAGCCCCCACGCUGGGCCUCCUCCAGCUUUCUUUUCCACCUGUCCGGUCUGUGGAGGACUCAAGGUAAACCCCCCUCCCUGAGAGCCUCAGCCCAGGCCCGCUGGCGCGGGGGAGG